UCGCAAAGACGAAGAAGGAAGAAUAGCAGGCGCAAAUCGACUUCAGCCGGCACAAGUUCCAACCGGCGCAAAGAGGACGAAGAACAGUCGAUCUCUAUCUGCUCCUUCUUCUCCACGCGAUCGUCUUGGAAGUUGGAGCAACUCCUUCACCACUCGAUCUCUCUCU